UCUUGCAUUACAUUGUUCCAGGAAUAGAAGCCAUCAGACAAAGGAGGAAAGUUGACUAUCUAACAGAGUGAAUUAGACAACAUAGAAAAUACACACAAUUCAAAAUCCUAACGCUGAUAAACCAUGUCCUUCCUGAAAGAGAUCAGCCCGCUGGUGAUGAACAAUUUUCUCUCUGGGACUGAUGUUUUAUCAAGAUAUGCAGCACAGAUCACAGCUGAAAUACAACAGGGUGAGAGAAGAAACUAUAAUGAGGUGCUUGAUUUGUCUUCUGGAGAUCUGCACAGAGGAGGAAUAAAACCCAUCACCUUUGUUCGUCAAGUCCUUGCUGCUUGCGUCUAUCCAGCCCUUUUGGAGGAUGACAGUCUGCCAUUAGAUGUUAAACAAAGGGCCCAAAGUCUCCUUAGAGAAUGUGAAGGUGGAAGCGUAGGCUCAUAUACAGAUUCAAGUGGAUUAGCCAAAAUUAAACACUGCGUGUCUCAGUUCAUUACCAGGAGAGAUGGAGGAGUUCCUUCUUCACCCAACAACUUCUUCAUCAAUUCUGGCUCACAGACUGCUCUCAUGAUUAUGCUGAAGCUGCUGAUUCGUAGCGAGGACUCGUGUCGGACUGGUGUGCUCAUACCUGUACCCACAUAUGCUUCAUUUACUCUUGCUCUGGAAAAACAGGGAGCUGCUAUCAUACCGUACUAUUUGUGUGAGGAGCAGGGCUGGACGCUGCAGGUGGAGGAGCUUCGCAAGGCACUUCAUACAGGCAGAAAUACCUGCAAUCCAGUCGCACUUUAUAUCUGCAACCCAGGGAAUCCAACAGAAGACCGGACCAACACCAUCACCAGCAUGGAUCCCCGGCCUUCAUCACCCUCGGAGAUACUGGAGGAGCUGGUCAACACUCUUCGGGCUUCACGUCUGCCACCACCACCUCCCCAAUCUGCCUCUGCCAGUCCCAUGGCACUGCUGGCUGCCUAUGCGGGUGAUUCGGCUGAGUGUGGCGGCUUCCUACUUCAGAUGGCGCUAUACCUCGAGAUGCAACCACAAAAAUUUCCCACCGAGCGCUCCAAGGUAGCCUUCUUAAUUUCCCUUCUCUCCGGUCGAGCAUUGAUAUGGGCUAGAGCCAUAUGGGAUGCCAAUACUGCCAUAAUUAACUCCUAUGAAGCGUUUACUCAUCAUUUCAAGGAAGUGUUUGGAUCUUCAACUGGAGCGUUCUCUGUGUCGGAUCAGCUAUUGCGCCUGCGUCAGGGCACUUCCUCUACUCACGGAUACACACUGCAGUUCCGCACUCUGGCGGCUUCUAGUGGGUGGAAUGAGGCUGCGCUCAUCAGCGCUUAUCGUCAAGGGUUAGAAUCCACUAUUCGUAAGCAGAUGGCGAUAUACGAUGAUUCUCUGGGACUAGAAGGUUUUAUGCAAAGAGCCAACCGAAUCUCCUAACGCCUGUCAGCCUGCGACACUCCCGAAACCGCUCACCAGCCGGUCUCACCCACCACCAGUCCUCCAGUACCAGAACCCAUGCAAGUAGACACAGCCCGUCUCACCAGCCGAGAACGUGUACGCCGAUUAACAUCAGGCCUGUGUCUCUACUGUGCUUCCGCCGAUCACCUCAUCCAAUCCUGUCCCAUCAGACCCCCAGUGGUGAGUACACUUCAAAUAGACCCUCUAAUCUCCAAGCUUUCUGUGAUCACGGUACAACUAUUCACUCCAGCCCAAUCCGUUUCAGCCUCUGCCCUGGUCGACUCAGGCUCCUCGGGCAACUUCCUCUCCCAAGCCCUUGCAAGUCGCCUAUGCCUGUCCCUCCAACGGCGUGCCCGGGAGCUCCGAGUCAAAACCAUCAAUGGAAAACCGCUAGGACGUGGGUAUGUAAGGUUCGAAGCUCCCCCGAUGAAGCUCAAGAUCGGAAAUCUACACGAGGAGGAGAUCAAAUUUCUGGUACUGGAGGGUUCAACAGUGGAUAUCAUCCUGGGACGCCCCUGGCUUAUACUCCACUCUCCAGAAAUCAGAUGGGAUUCAAGUGAGGUAAUUCGCUGGAGCGAAUGGUGUCAGCAACACUGUCUCAAGGGAGUUCCACGACCUCCCCUCAAGUCACCCAAUGCUCAGGUCACCUCCACGCUGAUUGAGAGUCCCGAGUUAGACAAAAUUCCCACGAUCCCAUCUGAUUAUAGGGCGUUCAAGGAUGUCUUCAGCAAACAGGCAGCCACGCAGUUACCACCACAUCGACCAUGGGACUGUGCCAUAGAUCUGCUGCCUGGAUUUAAACUCCCUAAGGGUAGAGUAUAUCCACUGUCCAUCCCGGAGCGCAAGGCUAUGGAGGAGUACAUCAAGGAGACUCUUAAACAGGGAUACAUCCGGCCAUCCAGUUCUCCAGUGGCAUCAAGCUUCUUCGUGGGUAAGAAGGAUGGGGGCUUGAGGCCAUGUAUUGAUUAUCGAGCUCUGAAUUCUCAGACUGUCAAGCUCCCCUAUCCACUUCCCCUGGUCCCGGCCGCUCUCGAGGAACUCCGUGGGGCCCGCAUCUUCUCUAAGCUGGACCUGCGCAGCGCCUACAACCUCGUUCGUAUCCGGGAGGGCGACGAGUGGAAGACAGCCUUCAUUACUCCCUCCGGUCACUACGAAUAACUUGUGAUGCUGUAUGGCCUUGCUAUCGCUUCUUCAGUAUUCCAAAAAUUUAUGAACGAGGUGUUCCGGGAGUUCCUCAAUCACUGUGUUAUAGUCUACAUCGAUAACAUUCUGAUAUACUCCCAGAACCUGGCCGACCAUCGCCUUCAAGUUGCGCAGGUCCUCCAGAAACUCGGGCAACAUCAUCUGUACCUCAAGCUAGAGAAAUGCGAGUUCCAUCGCCCCACGGUACAGUUCCUCGGUUACAUCAUUGGAGAGGAGGGAAUCCAGAUGGACCAGGGGAAGGUAACUGCAUUCUCCGAAUGGCCAACCCCCCAAUCAGUUAAGGAACUCCAAAGAUUCCUUGGAUUUGCCAAUUUCUAUUGCCGGUUCAUCAAGAACUUCAGUCUGCUCACAGCCCCGCUCACCACCCUGCUCAGAGGAAAGCCCAAGUCCCUGUCCUUUGAUCCCAGCGCCCAUGAAGCCUUCAAGAGCCUCAAAACCGUGUUCAGCACAGCCCCCAUCCUUCGCCAUCCUGACCCCCAUGUACCAUUCGUGGUGGAAGUGGACGCCUCCACCACAGGGGUUGGGGCCGUGCUGUCUCAGCAGUAUGGUGAGCCUCCACGCCUCCAGCCUUGCGCUUAUUAUUCGAAUAAACUGACCCCAGCGGAGCAGAAUUACAACAUCGGAAACACGGAAACAUAUUACUGAUGAAAUGCAUUUAGAUUUAUUUGAGAAAAAAUUUGACUGUUUAAAGUCCUGUCCACACAAACACAGGUAUUUUCAAAUCCGCAGCUUUUUUUAUGCUGUUUGGCCGUUCGUCCACUCGCAAACGCCGUCUCAGGUCACUGAAACUGAACUUUUUUUGAAAACUCCUGAAAGGGUGAAGAUGUUCAGAAACUCUGGUUACAGUGUUGUCAUGUAGUCAGUGAAACCGGAGAUUUUGGCUUAUGACGUCGGAGUGUGCGCUCUUUGCAGGCUUCUGAUUGGCCAACAUGGCUUUACGGUUAGAAUUAUAUUACCCCCUGUUGGUUUGGCAUGCUCUUGACAGUGCCUCAUAACGUGUUUUGCAUUUUCAUGUGGAUGAGACUUUUUUUUUUUUUUUUUU